GCUCCCAUAAUUUGAUCUUGAAAUAAUUGAGUGAUUACUAAUAAAUAAAAAAAAAAGGAUCGAUGUCGAUGGAGGCACUGAGAAUGGGUAGGGUUAUAGGGGAUGUGGUUGAUGACAGCUUCACCCAUGACCCAACCCUUAGAAUGGAAGUCACCUUCAACUUCCCCUCCUCCGCCGGCGGCGGCCCUGCAGCGGCAGCUAAUAUCAGCUGCAGACUCUUCAAUGGCCAAGAGCUUUUGCCCUCUGCUCUCACUUCCAGACCCAGGGUUUCCAUUAGGGGAGCUGAUCUCAGAUCCUUCUUUACUCUGGUAAUGACUGAUCCAGAUGUUCCUAACCCUAGUGAGCCUUACAUGAGAGAGCACCUCCACUGGCUAGUAACGGAUAUCCCAGGGACUACAGAUGCUACUUUUGGGCGAGAAUUGGUUAGCUACGAAAUGCCAAUGCCUAAAAUAGGGAUACACAGGUUUGUGUUUGUUCUGUUCAAACAAAAACAAAGGCGGUCAGUCACCGCCGCCGCCCCACCGUCGUCCACCGCAACUGAUUCGAGGGACCACUUCAGCACACGGCGUUUCGCGGAGGAGAACGAGUUGGGUUCGCCGGUCGCAUGCGUCUUCUUCAACGCCCAACGGGAGACCGCCUCCAGGCGCCGUUGCUGAUCGGAGCCGCAGAAUGGCAUGGCUAGCUAGCUGCAGGGCGCAUUAUCUAUCUGCACGCUGUUUUAGUUAAUUUGUUAUGGAGUAUUUCUUUCCUCAUAAUAAAAUACUCCGUAAAUUAAAAGACUGUGAUGACC